AUGGUGGAUGAAACUGAAUUGAAGCGGAGGAGGAAGGAGAAAGAAGAACAAGAAGAAGUGGUUGCCAAGGAUGAGCAAGUUGCAGUUCAAAAGAUAGAAAAGCAGAAAACCCAAUACGAAUCUCUCCCGAAACCUUUGGUGAUCCAGUACUUGAUCCUUUUAAGAUUGAUCAACGCGUUCACUGUCAACACUUUCUUCCAACCAGAUGAAUAUUUUCAAUCGCUUGAGCCGGCUCAUCAAUUUGCCUUUGGGUACGGUGAUUUGACCUGGGAAUGGAUAGAUCAGCUACGGUCGUUCAAUUAUCCAUUUAUGUUUUAUUUAUCGUUUAAAUUGAGUGAUUUAUUAGGGUUUGGUGACGUUGGGGUAUUAUUAAUGCCAAAAAUCUUCCAAGGAGUGGUAUCGGCAAUCAGUGAGUUUUAUCUAUACACUUUCUCUCAAAAACUCUUUGGGAACGAAACGUUAGCGAGAGCGGUAUUACUUUUGAGUGUGGUGUCAUCAUUCAACUGGUUUUGCUUCACCAGGACUUUUUCCAGUACAUUUGAAUUGAAUUUGACGAUAAUUGCCCUAAAUUACUGGCCAUGGGAAUUUUUACAGGGGCAAAAGAAAACAAUAGAUUUGUCACAGUUAGGGAAAUCAUUGACGUUUGCGGCGUUGGCGGUGAUCGUUAGACCCACCAAUAUUUUCAUUUGGAUAGUAUUGGGCCCAUAUAUGCUCUUUAAAGUAUCUGGUUUGGGUAAUAAAUUGAAGAUUUUGGGACUCGCAAUGGUUGUGGGAUCAGUGAUUUUCGCCAUUAAUACGGCAAUCGACUUUUAUUAUUAUGAAAGAUUGGUGUUCCCAAUAGUAAACUUUGUGAAAUUUAAUGUUCUCAAUUCCUUUGCCGAUUUUUACGGGAUAAACAGCUGGCAUUUCCAUUUGACCCAAUCGAUUCCAUUCAUUUUGACCAGUUAUUUACCAUUUUUCAUUUUCGGAUUGGUUUGUGGCGAUUUCCAGUUUAAGCUGUUAUUUCUAUCGGUUCUUGCCGUCAAUAUCGGGGUAUUUUCCUUGAUCACCCAUAAAGAAUUCCGGUUCAUUUAUCAAUUGAUGCCAUUUCUUUUGGUCAUUGCCGCCCAAGGGUUUUAUCGAUUCUACAAAUUCUCUACUUCCACCGAUCAAGCAUCUUCUUCUUUGAUUUUCCCACGCUGGGCUGGCAAGGUAGUAAUAUAUGCGAUUCUUAUUAUUAACCUCGCUCUCGGGGUGUUAUUGACUCAAGUCCAGGAAAGGGGAGUAAUUGACGUUAUCAACUUUCUCAAAUUUAAUCCUGACGUCGACUCCAUUGGGUUCCUUACCCCCUGCCACUCGACGCCGCUUCAAUCAUACCUCCACCGUCCAGAUUUGAAUCAUAAAAUAUGGUACUUGACCUGUGAACCUCCAUCAUCAUCGAUGAUGGAUCCGGAAAUAUUCACCACCGAGUCCAUCAAGACAACAUUGGCGAAUUAUAAGGAUGAGUCGGACAAGUUCUACGAUGACCCAAAAAGUUAUUUGGAUAUCCAUUUCCCACCAUUCAAUAAACAGUUCCGUACAAAAGGAAGGGUGUAUAAUUAUGAAUGGCCAACUCAUUUGGUAUUCUUCGAAGCAUUGGAACCAUUUAUGAAGAAUUACUUGCAGAACUCAAAGUACGAGGAAUGCGACAGGUUCUUCAAUAGUUAUUUCCACUGGGACAGUAGAAGAAGCGGGGACGUUGUUGUAUACUGUAAGUGGCCAUGGGAGUGA